GACGAUGCGCGCGUCCAGGCCGAGGCGCUGUGUGGGCGUGGCCAGACCCGGCGCUCCAAAAUAAAGUGCGUCGGAGCCUACGGUCCUUCACAAACGGCUGUCAGUCCAUACGUCCUCAAAGGCAGUUCAGAAGGCAUGGACCAUGACUCCAGCCCACCAAUGGUCUCCUCAAAAGAGAUCUACCAGACCAAAUUCGACGCCGGAACGUACUUGGGCUACUGCUAUCAGCCAGCUCAGUCCCCGGAGCAAAGCGACAACUGGCGUUUUGUGAAGUUUGUCCUGUCCCACCUGAGCCGCACCUUCUCCUCAGGCCAGUACAAGGGCCAGAGGCUGAUUGAAGUGGGGACAGGCCCCACCCUGCAUACGGUACUCAGUGCCUGCGCCCACUACCAGGAGAUUGUGCUGUCGGACUACACGGAGGUCAACCGCAGGGAGCUGGAGAAGUGGCUGCGCUCCGAGGAAGGCCACUUCGACUGGGGGGCCCACAUGCAGUUUGUCUGCGAGCUGGAGGGGACCAGGACGCCCGAGGAGAUCAGCGCCACGCUCCGGCAGAGGAUCGGCCAGGUCCUGGCCUGCGACGUGACCCUGGACAACCCCUUCCACCCCGUGGUCCUGGAGCCCGCCGACUGCGUCCUGUCCUCCCUGUGCCUGGAGGCUGCCUGCCCGGACCGGGACUCGUACCGGCGGUCCCUGGCGGCCGUGGUGGGCCACCUGCGGCCCGGGGGCGUCCUGGUGCUGAUCGGGGACCUGGGGGAGAACUACUACACCGUGGGGGAGCAGAGGUUCCCCAUCGUGUGCCUGAGCCGGGACUUCAUCGAGGAGAGCCUGACCCGGCUGGGGCUGGUUCUGCUGGACUUCGCCACGCAGACAGCGGAGAACCGGGAGCAGAACCACAAAUGCGACUACGAGGCCUCGUUCUUCUUGGUGGCCCGCAAGAACAUGGGCCCUGCAUGACCCGUAACCCCUGUCCCUAUUUAGCUGGACCCAUAUAGACCAAUAUGUAUCACUUUGGAAGUCUAUAUUCAAACAGCUUUCUUUCUAUUAAAGGUUGGGUAUGGAAUU